UCAGAAGAAGAGCGUCGUGAUGGCCAUGAUGAAGCAGCAGGCGGACACGUAAGGGCUCAGCCGUUCUCCUAUCCGGGCCAUCUUCCACAGGAGGCCCAUGAAGCCCUCUUUUUCUCGGUGAAGAGCUUCGGGAACUGAGCCUUGAGGUACGUGCAGGUGCAGAUCAUCAGCACUAUCACCUGCAGGAGACUCUUGAAGUCAAACAACGCGCUCAACGGAAUGUGGAAACCCUAACCCACCCUCACACGUUGACUGAACUCAUCAACCUGACGCAUCCGAUGAUCCAUCGCUGUUGGAUGAGUCCAUGCAUGCAUUACAGAGACGCUCGACCGUCGCAAAACGUGUGCACCACACGCGCCAAACACAGGAGCCGGCCAUCCUCUCUCGCCACACACUACCACACACACGGAUGGCCGUCACUCAAACAGCGCCACACGGGUCAGUGUGGCGCUGUUUGAGUUUGACCUUUGGGAUUGCUGGGCUCUGUGUGGCCUUUGCCGUCUCCGUGAAGCCGCUCCGUGGGCAUGUGUCACACGUAUGCGUGCAGUGUCACGUCACCCCCACACCCCUCCACUCACCUAGCUAGAGCACAGCACAUACACCCAAAGAAAGGAAAACCAGCCAGCCACCUUCCAUUCCAAUGCACACAAAACCCGGGCAUCGGGCAGAGAGCCGACAGACAUAGUGAUAUGUAUAUGUUGGUAUCCUCGGUUGAUUCGUGAGAGGGCCGUUCACUCCUUCUUCUUCUUCGAAGGCGGCACGUAGUCUGUCAGAUAGACAGCACCCCCCCAAGAGAAAGAGAGACAAGCGAAAUCAGUCGGUCAACCGUUGUGGCGUCCACGACUGAUAACUAACUGCAUGAAUGCGUACUCACUUUUGUUGCCUGGGAAAUAAAUGUGGUGUGUGUGUAUUUCUCCGCCCUUCCUGACCUCCUUGGCCGCCUUCUUCUCGGCCUUCUUCUCGGCCUUCUUCUCGGCCUUCUUCUCGGCCUCGAAGCCGUAGGUGUAGUCGAAGGACAGCUGGUCGAGGGGAAACCACUUAAAAGCGAAGUAGAGUAACUACACACACACACACACACAGAGAGAGAGAGAGAGAGUGUGUGUGUGUGUGAGCAUUCGUUUUUGCACAUCAUCCAUGCCAUGCCUGCGUAUGUGCUCACCCCCUGGUCAGAUAUGCAGAAAGGGUCCGCUAAAGUGUUACGUAAAGUGUUCACUGCAGUGAGCUCCAUCGAGGUGCAACUUUCGAUGCACCAACCAUGCACACACACACGCAGAGAGACAGAGAGAGCACAUCCACUCAUCCAUCCAUGUGUGCAGGCGGCAGUAGCGCAUAUGUGUCUGUCUGUCUGUCGGUCUGCCCCAUUCACCUCGCCUAGGGAGCGGUGGUCAUCAGUGUGUUCGGGUUCGCCUGUCGUCGAUUGACCCCAGGUGGUUCUGAGGACCCUGCACGUUCACCCACACACCGCACCCAAUUGACGACAUCACAUCCCCCCCUCCCCUCCCCGCCCGCCCCGCCCACGUACACCCGAUCGACGAGACACAUCCUUGGGCCGCCCACCCUACACUUCCCGUCGUACGAGACGCCGACCAUACUCCAGUGAUGGUGAUGCUUAACUGGUCCGACUGGACCUUCCUGGCACGUACAUCAGAGAAUGACACAGUCACCCAUUGUGCCCAUACAUCGUAGCAGACACCGACUGAUGUGUCCUAGGAUGUAUGAAGCCAUUAGAGUGACCUGCAAAGUAGGGGUUCUCUGCGGGGGGGCGGUGAUUGAUCUCGUCCAAAGAAGGAGCGCUGGGGAUCUCGGAGUAGAGCCGUUCAAAGCCCAGUAGGGGAGCGCUGGCGCCGCUGGGUUCUGCGAGGUAGGGGUUCUCUGCGGGGGGGCGGUGGUCGAUCUCGUCCAAAGAAGGAGCGCUGGGGAUCUCGGAGUAGAGCCGUUCAAAGCCCAGUAGGGGAGCGCUGGCGCCGCUGGGUUCUGCGAGGUAGGGGUUCUCUGCGGGGAGGCGGUGGUCGAUGUCGUCCAAAGAAGGCAUAGGCGUAGUGCUGGGGAUCUCGGGGUAGAGCCGGGUGUGAUUGGCCGGCUUGUGUUGUUGUUUAAAGUCCAGGACCACCGUGCACUCCUCUGCCCCUGGUGUGGGUCGCUCACGCGGAGGAUUCAUUCGAGUCCAGAGGUCCGCAGUGGGGUGAAUACAGAACUGUCCUUUGCCAUUGACGAGCUUGUAGACGUCACCUCCUGGGCAACUGGGCUCGAUCGUGUCGAUGCUCCGGCAUUCCCCCUGUACACACAAUACAACACAACACAACACAACAGACCACACAACACAUAACCGUUCCAUCCAUCCAUCCAUCCACACACAGACAAUCUCACUCACCCAUCCUCGACUCUCCAUCGACACAGGAGGUCCUUCCAAGUAGUUGGUCACACAUACCGCCCCCUUUCCCGAGCAAGAAUAUUCUUUCGACUGGUGCUUGAAGUACUUGGUCCCGAUCAGCAUAAAGAAGUGGUUCACCAUUCUGUCCUUCUCCGGACUGGAGUAUGGCUGCUUCCUCAGUUUUUCCGGCGGCUGCUCCUGUUUCGACUUGUCGUACAGGUCGAAGACCACCGCGCACUCUUUCAAUUUGCACCGUUUCACCCAUGCCACAGAGACGCACAAAAACAACUGUGUCGUGGCACUGUACUUUCGCGUCAGGCUGGCAUUAGGCCGGCCCGCUGCGUAUGUAUGUGCACCCACCUGUUUCAGCUGUCCAGAUGGAAGUGGAGCGCCCCGUCUGUUGGAUGGUCGUGGCUAGGUCCUCAAUAGCCGUCACGACAUCGCCCGUUGCCGUGUGUGCGGCGGUGGCCAUCGCGUGGGCGGCGGUACUCGCCGCAUGUGCGGCCUCGGUGAUGCGCUUGGCCUUGCCGAGUGCCGUCUGCAGAUAGGCAGCCGACACGGACCCACCUGCAGCCGUCACCCCACCAGAUUGCUGGAUGAAGGCGUUUCCCUCAUCAGAGGGCGGACACGAAGAGGUAUCCGCACCUGCACACACACAAGCCAACAACACUUCCAGUCCAUCCUUACGCAAAGCAGGAACGCGCCAGAUCAAGACGUGCACAAGAGCGCCGGGCUUUCGCGCCUACCGAUGCAUCCACCCGUCUGUAUUUGGCCAGUGCCGUGCAU